UCCAAUAAUUAUUAUUGUAUAGAGUUAUUGAGGUCGAUUUAUGACGAAUUCUUCUGCGUGUGGUGCUACAAUGCAUGUCAUGGAAAAGUCAUAAGCUGUCGGCACUUCUCAAAGGAAAUAUAGCAAUAUGAUUUAUGAUGUAAACUUCAAAGUAUACAUAUUAUAUAAUAUACAUCAAGUGUCUAUCAGAUUGUUUAUAUAUAAUUGACACAUAGAAGAAAGGAAAUAGAAUAAUGCGAAUACUGAGGCUGGAAAGAGCGACAAGCUUUAUCUGCCACGGAUAAGUCGAAAGUCAAGAAACCUCGGUAUUGUUACAUCCUCUUGUUUGUUUACGUCAAGCUGACUAUUCUUUUUAGAUCAAUAGCUUGAUUCCGAGGCUUUCAGGCGGGUAGAGUAUUUCUAAUUUAGUGUUCAAAGAGAAACAAAAACUCUGCAGGGGUUGCCUCUUAUAGAACCUUCAAUGACGACAGCAACAUGACUGUAACAUAAUCAAUGUUCAAUAGAAAUUUGGAUAUAGAUACAGAGGAUAAAUAUACCUCAGCAUCUGUCAGUGUAGUAACCGUCGUCAUCUUAACCACCCAGAGUUUUUGAAUCUUUUAUGUUUCAUAAUACAGUACCUUAAGAACCGUUUUCGGAUAUAACACACUAACAAUUUAACAAAAUGCAAAAAAAGGUUUCAACACGCUGGAGACAUUUUGAAUACAUAUAUAUAUAUAUAUCACAAUAAGGUUCAUGGGCCAUGUAAAGCACCUAGUCCCCAAGUUGGUUGCCAUCCGGCACCAAAGGUACAGUUACGAAUGUAUCAGAAUUCUAUUAAUUAUUCAGAGUACAUUUGUAUGUGGUGAGCCUUUCAGAUUUAGCUAGCCACUGAUACAGUGUUGGUGGUAUUUUGUGUAUUGACGGACGUGCGUGGGGAUUAAGUGUUAGUAUUCAGAGGACAACACUGCCUCCUGUGGUAUAACAGUGUAUGUUAUAGAUGAUUAUAAAAGGCUCUGUGAGUUGCGGUGUAUAUAACAGUUUCGGAUGGACGGAUGUGAUUGGUUAUUGAUUUAUAUAGGUUUUAUAAAGAUUUAUUCCGCUAAGUGAUGUGUAUUUGUAUCCAUAGAGUUCUGAUGCUAUUUAUUAACGAUAGAGAACGUUCGAGCAAGUGACUUCAACUGACGCAACCAUUGCUAAGCUCUAUAUUGAAACUUCAUCGGUCGAGACGUCGUCGUUGGUGAUUUAUUGUGACAUGUCAUGUUCAACUCUCACAAGACAAGGGGACACUUAGAGACAUUCCCAUAGUGGCCCACUGUAGCGUGAGGAGGCUGUGACAAUAACGGACUCGGUAAUCUACCUUACCCUAGGCCGGGUCCAUAUCAACGUUAACUACCUACCUAAACUAUAGUGUCUGUGUUAUCAGAAAAUAAUGUUACAAUUAUAAUCUGACUGCGUGAUAUCUGUAUAUAACGAAUGUAACUUGGAUGACAAUGGAAACGAAAACAAUAGUCGACAACAUAUUGAAUAAGCUCAGUAUACGUCACAUCAAUUAUCAUCUUUCCAAUUAAGAUUGGGUCGACAGGUGCAAUUAUUCGGUAUUGUUUGGAAUACAUCACAAGGCAAUAUGCCAUCAUUGUAUGAGAAGGUAGUUUCGGUGAUUGAGAAAAAUCCUGAUCAAAGAACAGAUUUUGAUUGUCAGGAACUUAUAGGAUGGUUCCGGAACAAAUCCCCACUAUUCCUGUCUCUCAAGCCGGAUAUCGUCAAGGACGUCAUACGUCAUUGUGUGUUCGAGAAGAAGGUGCGGGAUGACGUCAUAAUUAAACAAGGAGAGAAUGGAGACAGGUUAUACAUUAUUUUAAAAGGGAAAUUGUCAAUAUAUGUCUACCAUGAUAAGGAAAAUGAACAGGAAGUACGACAACAUGUUGAAAAAGUGUGUUCUAGGGGGAAGCUGGAGAGGUCAGCGCUCGGACAACACGUAUGGACAUCAGGAGACGGACACACUGUCGGAGAGAUCGCCCUGAUUAAGGAAGACUGCAUACGAACAGCCAGUGUGGUAGUAGACUCGAACUCAGAACUACUUGUCAUAGACAGAGCGCUGUACAAUCGCUCAGUCCGCGACGUGUUAGAAAGAGAGUUCAGAGAAAAGACAGAAUUUGUAGAAAAUAAUCCACUAUUUGAACAAUGGACAUCUCGACAGAAAAAAUCAAUGGCGAUAUCUUUAAAAAGGGACACAUUCCACUACGGAUGUCGGCUAACAAAACAAGGACAGGAAAUUGACAACGUCUACUUCAUAAGAAGCGGAGAGGCCGAAGUGAUGGUCGAUCAGGGAAAGCAUCGAAGUCAAUAUCCAGAUCUUUGGGCUGAGAUGGUCAGGUUAUUACCAGAACUUUUACCACCAAACUAUGGAAUGAAUUAUACGCCAUACGAAACACUGAAAAGGAAACGAAUUGCUCACAAACAGUUCCCUAUGUGUCUGCUUGGAGCCAAUGAAAUGGUCGGAGCUUUGGAACUUGUCGUUGGACUGCCUACCUUCAUAGAGACAUGUACGGUGACGAGAAGUUCCGAAAUACUUGUUCUCAGCAAGGCAAACUACCAGCGUUUAUUCCACCGGCGUUCGGCAUCACGCGCUGUGGACAUGCUCAAACACACAUUGUGCAUGAGACUGUUUUUAUACAUUCACCGCGCGCAACUCUCGGAUGCGUACGCACCUUUUCUGAAAUACCUGACAAUCAAACUACGUGACACGGAGUCACUGAAACUCUUGAAAUCUAAGCACAAACGACGUACGGCGAACAGUGACAAGGAAUUUCUUUAUUAUGGAUUCUAUGAAUACACAAGACUGGAAAAGCAUGACCAAGGUCUAGUGAAGUUAAUGAAAGUGCUGGACAUACACUAUAUGGGUCUGGAUAGUUAUCUUCCAGAGUUGGAAACUAGUACUAGGGUACUGAUGGAACUCGAUAAACAGAUGAAGGAGUGGAUACAUAGAAGCCGUGGAGGAGAUGGAACAGAGGGAGACUCAAAAGAAACGCUACCCAAGCGGAGGGCACAGACUGCCAGAAACGGCACAAGACAGAAGAGAUAUCUUGUAGAGGCGCUUAACGAACCCCCGAAGUUGGAAGCUUUUCUACGUUCAAAGACGACGUUAUGACGUGGAGAAAAUCCGGAAUCUAGCAACAAAGUGAUUUGAUCAAAGACUUUUAUUGAUUACGAUAUGAAAUAAUUCUUCUGAAUUUCUCAACAAAAGACAUUUUAGUGAAAUCAAUACAAAUAAAAAAAGAUACCUUGUGCUAUUUAAAUCAUGGAUAUUCCGUGCUUCUCUUUUCUUAAAAUGACCUUUAUGUGCCGUUAGGACGUUCAACUGGAACAGCUAUUGGACUUAAAUGGAGACGAUUUUAAAGAAUAAUUUCGUAUACAUGAAAUACGGAUGACUUGAUAAAAGUGAUGAUAUGAUAUCGAA